UGAUUCCUCUUCAUCUCCUAUACCCAACUCCAUAUUUCCAGUAGCUUACCAGUUUCAUUUCUGCUAACUUUAUCAUUCUCCUCUCUCAUUUCUUCACUCUCCACCAAACUCUUCAAAGCCCUCCAGAGAUUUCUUCCUUUUCCUGUAAAGAUGUUCUUGUAUUCCUGUAUAGAACACACAACAUGUUGAACUCGAGCAAUGAUGAGAAUGUGAAAGAACACGAACCCGUUGAUGAUUCACAGCGAUCUCAGGUGGAUGGAAAUUCACCCGGGAAUGAUCCAAAGGUUUCUGAAUUACAAGAGAAUCCUAAGAAGCCGAAGGAGGAGGAAGUAGUAAAGAAAAAGUACGGAGGAUUACUAGCGAAAAAGCCGCCCUUGAUAUCCAAGGACCACGAACGUGCUUUUUUCGAUUCUGCUGAUUGGGCAUUAGGAAAGCAGGGAGCUCAGAAGAGCAAAGGACCUGCAGAGGCACUUCGUCCAAAGUUGGAACCCACACCGCACCAGCUAGUCCGUACAAGGCUUUCAGCAUCCGUGCCUGCUGAUGAUGAUGAUGAAGCGGAUGGUGGAAAUAGCAAAGUCGAUGAUCAGUCUGAGGAGAAAAGCGGGACACCAGAUGCUAGCGACGAGAACGCAAGUCACACCGAGGUCCAGAACGAGCAGAGAUAACGAUGUGGUGAACACAGCCACUAACAAAUCCUGCAAACAAUGGGAGAGAAUAAUCUCUGAAGCAAAUUUUUGUGCUUCUAACUGUGCCUUGUGGCUUCAGUCAAAUUUAGUUCCCUCUACAUUGAGUGUCCAUGGAUGUAUUAUUAUUUAAUAAACUUGCAUUCAAACAUAUCUUUUUUGGGUGACAUUA